CCUUUUUAAAGCGGAUAGACUACAAACAGACGCUGAAGCGACAUCUAGCCUUUCUGGUGGUCUCAAUAAUAACACUAUUCUACAAAAUAGUGAAGGACCUAAUGCUGGAUUAAGUACUGAAAAUAGAAUUAUCGAUGGUGGUUCAGAUGAUAUUGAACAGAUCAAAGAUUCAGUUCCUAUAUCUACGCUUAGAAAUUCAACUUUGUUUGUAGAAGAUGCCCUACGUGUUCCACAAACAUCAAUAGAUUUAUGUUCUAGUGAUGAGGAAAAAUUCACCGAUGGUGAUCAGGUUGAUAAUGGUGCUGGCUUACCUACUUCAACAGAGAUGUCAUGUGUUAUAUGUUUCACAGAUUUCAGCACAACACGGGGGAUUCUGCCAUGUGGACAUCGAUUUUGUUUUCCAUGCAUCCAGAGUUGGGUUGAUCAUAGGACUUCAAUGAGAAAAACAUCAACUUGCCCUCUGUGCAAGGCAAGUUUUGUGAUGAUUAAGAAAGUCGAGCAUGCAGCCACUACGGAUCAAAAAGUAUACUCCCAGACAAUCCCAUGUAACAAUUCAGCCUCAGAAAUUUUUAUCCCCAUGGAUCAAGAAUUACCGCAUACUACCUUUGAGUCUACACAGACGGGAGCUUGUGUAAUUUGCCGUGGUCGGGAACCAGAGGAUCUCCUUGAGAAUUGUGAUAUUUGCCAAAUUCAAAAAAUUCAUUCUUAUUGCAUGGACCCUCCUCUACGGCCAUGGACAUGCAAUCAUUGCAAGGAACUUCGGAUGCUUUAUCGCACUAAUCACUAUUAGUGUGCAUCUUUCCAAGUCCCAAACAUGUUUUCAUUUUAUGAGAGAUGUUGUAAUUUUGGGGAACUUAUUCAUGCUCACAAUUUUCAGCUACAUUGUAGUAAGUUACAAUUUGUUAGUGACUUAAUUCUCAACAAGUGAAAACUUGUAGGACAAAAUCAAUGACAUGUCUUCAUUCAUAGAUAAUAUAAUAGUCUUUUUAAGCAUGUGAUUUAGGGUUUGAUUAUUGAUAUUUGUAUAUUAAAAAACAGUUAUUGAGGAAG